AUGCUUUCCGUCAGACAGAUGAAGCUCUCCACGAGCAGGAGGCUGUUCAGCCGCACGUCGAGGGCGCUGCGCGCGUUCGCGGCCAACGGCGACGUCGACGGCCAGAACAGCGCGCCCUUCGGCGGCCAGUAUCAGGUCGUCGACCACGAGUACGACUGCCUGGUGGUCGGCGCCGGCGGCGCCGGCCUCCGGGCCGCGUUCGGGCUGGCCGAGGCCGGCUACAAGACCGCGUGCAUCUCCAAACUGUUCCCCACGCGGUCGCACACCGUCGCCGCGCAGGGCGGCAUCAACGCCGCCCUGGGCAACAUGCACAAGGACAACUGGAAGUGGCACAUGUACGACACCGUCAAGGGCUCGGACUGGCUGGGCGACCAGGACUCAAUCCACUACAUGACGCGUGAGGCCGCGGACUCGAUCAUCGAGCUCGAGCACUUCGGCGUGCCCUUCUCCAGAACCGAGGAGGGCCGCAUCUACCAGCGUGCUUUCGGCGGCCAGACCAAGGAAAACGGUAAGGGCGGCCAGGCCUACAGAACCUGCGCCGUCGCGGACAGAACCGGCCACGCCCUUCUGCACACCCUGUACGGGCAGGCGCUGAGACACAACACGCAUUUCUUCAUCGAGUACUUCGCCUUGGACCUCCUGGUCCACAACGGCGAGGUGGUCGGUGUCAUUGCCUACAACCAAGAGGACGGCACCAUCCACAGGUUCAGAGCCCACAAGACCGUCAUAGCCACGGGUGGCUACGGGCGGGCCUACUUCUCCUGCACCUCCGCGCACACCUGUACCGGUGACGGUAACGCGAUGGUGUCCAGAGCCGGCUUCCCGCUCCAGGACUUGGAGUUUGUGCAGUUCCAUCCAUCCGGUAUCUACGGCUCCGGGUGUCUGAUCACCGAGGGUGCCCGUGGUGAAGGUGGCUUCUUGGUCAACUCUGAGGGUGAGAGAUUCAUGGAGCGUUACGCCCCCACCGCCAAGGACUUGGCCUGCAGAGACGUCGUGUCCCGUGCCAUCACAAUGGAAAUCCGCGAGGGCAGAGGUGUUGGCCCAGAGAAGGACCACAUGUACUUGCAACUAAACCACUUGCCCGCCAGCGUCCUGAAGGAGAGACUGCCGGGUAUUUCUGAGACCGCUGCUAUUUUCGCCGGCGUCGAUGUUACUAAGGAGCCUAUUCCAAUUCUACCCACUGUCCACUACAACAUGGGUGGUAUCCCCACCAAGUGGACAGGUGAGGCUUUGACCGUUGACGAAGAAGGCAACGACCAAGUUAUCCCUGGCCUGAUGGCGUGUGGUGAGGCUGCCUGUGUUUCCGUUCACGGUGCCAACAGACUGGGUGCCAACUCUCUACUGGACCUUGUUGUCUUUGGACGUGCAGUCGCUCAUACUGUUGCCGACACCCUGCAGCCAGGUCUACCACACAAGCCAUUGCCAUCUGAUCUCGGUAAGGAAUCCAUUGCCAAUCUUGACAAGCUAAGAAACGCCACUGGCUCCAAGCCAACUUCUCAGAUAAGGCUGGCCAUGCAGAAGGCUAUGCAAGCGGACGUUUCGGUGUUCAGAACCCAGGAGUCCCUGGACGAAGGUGUAAGAAACGUCGGCGCCAUUGACGAGAGCUUCGAAGACGUCGGCACCACCGACAGAUCCAUGAUCUGGAACUCAGACAUGGUUGAAACUUUGGAGCUACAGAACCUGUUGUCGAAUGCAAGACAGACUGCCGUUUCUGCUGCUAACAGAAAGGAAUCUCGUGGUGCUCAUGCCAGAGAGGACUACCCUGAGAGAGACGACAAAGAGUGGAUGAAGCACACUCUGUCUUGGCAAAAGCAUCCCCAAGGCAACGUUGAGCUGGGUUACAGAAGUGUGAUCGCCACUACGCUGGACGAGUCUGAGUGUCCUCCAGUUUUGCCAACUGUGAGAGCUUACUGA